GGUCACUCUAUCGCUGUGUUGUUAUUGUGCCGAAAGCCAAUUUACCAAUCGAAAGCACAAUAUAGCGUAUAUAAAUAGUGCCCUCCAGUGAAUCCGGUGACCUGCAGUAAGAAUCGGGUUAGUCCCAUGAGGUUGUGAUAUACACAUACUUAACGUUUGCGCCGGUGAGCAAGAUGUGGAAACUGCUGCAGCGUUCGGGGAAUGCAGUUUCUGUACUUCCCAGACGGAGGUGUUCACCUGGCCUUUCGGAUGCAGUGCGCCUAUCUAGUAGCCAGAUGGAUUCGGCUGAUGAACGGGUCCUGCGGAAGCGGAAGUUUCAGCCGCAACAGGCGGCGGAUCUCAGCGAGGAACUGGCCGGUCAGCUGCCCGUCAAAUCCCGGGUGGUCAUCUGUGGCGGCGGCAUCACCGGCGCCUCGGUGGCCUAUCACCUCGGACUGAGGGGAUGGGGUGGCGAAACGCUGCUCGUGGAGCAGGAUCGCGUCGGUGGCGAGCUGCCCUGGACCGCCUGCGGAUUGGCUGGUCGCUUCGAACCUAGCUACACGGAACUCAAGCUGGCCGAGUACUCCAUAGAUUUGAUCAAGCGACUGGCGGAGAACGGGUUGCCCACGGGAUGGCGGCCAGUGGGUAGCCUGAAUCUGGCCCGAAGUUGGGACCGCAUGACCGCUUUCAAUCGCAUGAAAUCGCAGGCCCUGGCGUGGGGCAUGCAUUGCGAAAUCCUUUCGCCAGAGCAGUGCGCCCAGCACUGUGAACUGCUCUCCUUGGACGGCAUCGAAGGUGGCCUUUGGAUACCUGAAGACGGGGUCUGUGAUCCGCAACUCGUUUGCCAGGCCUACAUGACCGAGGCCCAGAGAUUGGGAGUCCGCAUAGUCGAACACUGUGCCAUCAAAAAGAUCCACAGCGAGCAUGGCAAGGUGAGGAGUGUGGAGACGACCGCUGGCGAUGUGGAGUGCGAGUACUUUGUGAACUGCACGGGCUUCUGGGCACGCGAGGUGGGCACUUUGUCCAAGCCGGUGGUUAAAGUGCCGCUCAAGGCGGUGGAGCACCACUAUCUGCACACGAAACCCAUCGAGGGGCUCAGUCCGGACACGCCCUUCGUCAGGGAUUUCGAUGGACGCAUCUUCUUUCGAGAGUGUGAAGGUCACAUUCUCGCAGGCGGCUUCGAGCGCGAGGCGAAGAUGGUGUACGAAGAUGGAGUGAUUCCCCUGUCGCAGACAGCUCGCCAACAUCCGCCGGAUUGGGAUCACUUUCACGAGCUGCUCGAUGCCCUGUUGCUGAGGGUUCCCUCCUUUAGAGAUGCCACGUUGGAUAGGCUCACAAACUCGCUGCAGGUAUUCUCUCCCGACUGCAAGUGGAUCCUAGGGGAAGCACCUGAAAUCCAAAAUUACUAUGUAGCCGCUGGCAACAAGACAAUGGGUGUGUCGGCAUCCGGAGGCAUUGGACGCGUCCUCACCGAUCUAAUAACCAAGGGCUCUACUUACCUCGACCUGCACAUCCUGGACAUCAGCCGGUUUCUGGGGCUGCACAAUAACCGAAAGUUCCUGCGAGAUCGCUGCAAGGAGGCGCCGGGCAAGCACUUCGAAAUCAACUACCCCUUCGAGGAGUUUCAGACCGGUAGGAACCUGCGCAUGUCGCCCAUCUACCCGCAACUCAAGGAGGCGGGCGCAGUUUUUGGUCAGUCGAUGGGCUACGAGCGACCCAACUACUUCGAUCAGCAGGACAAGCAAGAUGAGUUCGGGUUGCCGCGCUUUCGUAUUGCCCAAACACGCACCUUUGGCAAGCCGCCGUGGUUCGAUCAUGUGGCCUCAGAAUACCGGGCUUGUAGGGAACGCAUUGGCAUAGCAGACUACAGCUCCUUCACCAAAUACGACUUUUGGUCGAAGGGAAACGAGGUGGUAGACCUACUGCAGUACCUCUGCUCCAACGACGUGGACGUGGCCGUCGGCUCCAUCAUCCACACGGGCAUGCAGAAUCCCAAUGGGGGCUAUGAGAACGACUGCUCCUUGGCACGCCUCUCCGAGCGGCACUACAUGAUGAUUGCACCCACCAUUCAGCAAACGCGCUCCAUGUGCUGGAUUCGCAAACACAUGCCCAAUCACCUAAGGGCCAAGGUGAACGUGGCAGAUGUGACCUCCAUGUACACGGCCAUCUGCAUCCUAGGACCCUACUCCCGUAUCCUGCUGUCAGAGCUCACCGACACCGAUCUCACGCCCAAAAGCUUUCCCUUCUUUACCUAUAAGGAAUUGGAUGUGGGAUUGGCCGACGGCAUCCGAGUGCUAAACAUUACCCACACGGGUGAAUUGGGCUAUGUCCUUUAUAUUCCCAACGAAUACGCCUUGCAUGUGUACUCGCGUCUGUAUCAGGCGGGCCAAAAGUUCAACAUACAGCAUGCAGGUUACUACGCCACCCGCGCCUUGCGCAUUGAAAAGUUCUAUGCCUUUUGGGGACAGGAUCUGGACACCUUUACCACGCCGCUGGAGUGCGGACGCAGCUGGCGCGUCAAGUUCAAUAAACCCAUCGACUUUAUUGGCCGCAAUGCGCUGCUGAAACAGCGCGAGGAGGGCGUUAAGCGAAUGUAUGUGCAGCUCUUGCUGAACGACCACGAUCACGAGGUGGACAUGUGGUGCUGGGGCGGCGAGCCCAUCUAUCGCGACGGUGUCUACGUGGGUAUGACCACCACCACCGGCUAUGGGUACACGUUUGAGAAGCAGGUCUGCCUGGGCUUCGUGCGAAACUUCGACGACGAGGGACGGGAGCUGCCGGUGACCAAUGAGUACGUGCUGUCCGGCCACUACGAGGUGGAGGUGGCCGGCGUGCGUUUCGAGGCCAAGGUCAAUCUACACUCGCCGAAUCUGCCCACCAAGUUCCCGGAUCGGGAACGCGAGGCCUACCAAGCCACGCGCGACAAGCCGGACCAGGCGGAUCUUCUAUCGUAUGGCGGUGUGACCACGGUCAAAGGCACUGGAAUACCAACGGAUGGGCACGGACUGUAGGGAUCGACGGAGCUGGGCUCCCGACCAAUAUCAUCUGCCAUCUGGACGUGCCAAGCAAUGAAGCACUACGUUCAUUUCUGGUUCAACUCGAGAGUCUCAAAAGCAAAGCGAUAUUAUUCAACAUAUUAUACGAUAGGG